AUGCCGUGGCAGAAGACCUUCACCCUCUCGUCGCGCUCCAAGGGCGUGCACCUCGUGACCGACGAGGUCAUGCAGCACAUCGGCGCCGGCGUCAAGGAGUGCAAGGUCGGCCUGCUGCAGCUCUUCAUCCAACACACGUCCGCCGGACUGUCGCUGAAUGAGAACUACGACAGCGACGUCCGCAAGGACAUGGACAUGGUCUUCGAUAAGAUCGUGCCCGAGAGCCUGCCGUACCGCCACACCGACGAAGGACCCGACGAUUCGGCCUCGCACUCGAAGGCCACGCUCUCAGGCUCGAGCAUCACCGUGCCGAUCUCCAACGGCAAGCUGGCGCUCGGCACCUGGCAGGGCAUCUACCUCAUGGAGUUCCGCCACAUGAGCCACAGCCGGCGUAUCUGCGCCACUAUCAUUCCGUGA